GGGGCUUUUGGCUUCUGUCGUGAUAACCGGAUUCAUAGGCAUCGGAAACAUUGUGGCUGAAAAGCUGUAUCUUCUCCCAGAUAUGAAGCUAUCAUUAUCACUCCGUGGAUGCAGUUGCACCAAUUCUACCAGCAUUGAGACCAUUAUUAUGCCGUGUAGUGAUUUCAUCUCACCACAAAAUUUGACACAGUUGGACACAUUUGAUAGCUUCGACUGGAAGGAAAACGAUGAUUCGAUAUUUAUUAAGAUUUGGUCCACCUCUUACAUUUGGCAGCCAGGAAUUGGAGUCGUGUCCACCUUGUUUUUUGGAGCAGUUUUCAGCAUAAUUGUAACCUCUAUAAAUCGCAAACACGUGAAGAAAGUACCAGCCAGACUUUUGAGCAAACCAUUCAUCAAACUUUGGAAUAAAGUCAUUGGCGAUGCAAGAAUGCGACAGUGGAUUGAAUACGACAAUAAGAAUGACGAUUUUCCUAAUUUCGGGUUCAGAAAUUAUCCGCCCACGAAUGGUAAUGCGAAUCCUGCAUGGAUAUCGACGAAAUUGUGA